AUGACCGUGCAGGGAUUUGAACCCCGGAUAUCUGACAUUCGAGGACGGCAUAUACGAAUUCCUCGCAGUUGGCGUUUCUCGGUAUGGAAAUUGCUUGUAGAACUCCUUGAAACAGUUUGCUCACGGCAGUCAAAUUCCCAUAUUGAAACACUUGAUGGUAGGUGUGCCGAAGAGAUUCGAUGGUUUGUGUGCGAGCUCCAGUCGUUGGAUCCACAAAGUUUUCGGUAUGAUUAA